AAGAGCGGCGUGCGGGUCACGGUGUUCGAGGCGGACGACCGGGCCGGAGGGAAGAUACGGACCAACUCCGACGGCGGGUUCCUCUGGGACGAAGGGGCCAACACCAUGACCGAAAGUGCACUGGAGGCUAGUAGACUAAUCGAUGAUCUUGGCCUCGAGGGCAGACUGCAGUAUCCUAACUCCCAGCACAAGCGCUACACUGUUAAAGAUGGAGCGCCAGCACUGAUCCCCUCAGAUCCCAUUGCGCUGAUGAAAAGCAGCCUUCUAUCUACAAAAUCAAAGUUCAAGUUAUUUCUGGAACCAUUUCUCUACGAGAAAUCUAGCACAAAUAACUCCAAGAAAGUGUCUGAUGAGCAUAUACGUGAGAGUGUUGGGAGCUUCUUUGAACGCCACUUUGGAAAGGAAGUUGUCGACUAUCUUAUUGAUCCAUUUGUAGCUGGAACAAGUGCAGGAGAUCCUGAGUCAUUAUCUAUCCGUCAUGCAUUUCCAGCGUUAUGGAAUUUAGAAAAGAAGUAUGGUUCUAUCAUUGCUGGUGCCAUCUUGUCUAAACUAACAGCUAAAGGUGAUUCGACUAAGAAAGGAAGCGCUGUAUCAGGAAAAGGAAGGAAUAAGCGGGUGUCAUUUUCAUUUCAUGGUGGUAUGCAGACACUAGUAGAUGCACUUCACAAAGAAGUUGGAGAUGGUAAUGUGAAACUUGCGACACAAGUGUUGUCAUUGGCAUGUAGCUGUGAUGGACUCUCUGCAUCAAAUGGGUGGUCAAUUUUUGUUGAUUCAAAGGAUGCUAGUAACAGGGAGCUCGCAAAGAACCAACCCUUUGAUGCUGUUAUUAUGACAGCUCCACUGUCUAAUGUCCAGAGGAUGAAGUUUACAAAAGGUGGAGCUCCCUUUGUGCUAGAUUUUCUUCCUAAGGUGGAUUAUCUGCCGUUAUCCCUCAUGGUAACAGCUUUUAAGAAGGAAGAUGUCAAAAGACCCCUGGAAGGAUUUGGGGUGUUGGUACCCUAUAAGGAACAGCAAAAACAUGGUCUGAAAACCCUUGGAACCCUCUUCUCCUCUAUGAUGUUCCCAGAUCGAGCUCCUAAUGACCAACACUUAUUUACAACAUUCGUUGGGGGAAGCCACAAUAGGGAUCUCGCUGGAGCUCCAACGGCUAUCUUGAAACAACUUGUGACCUCUGACCUUAGAAAGCUCUUGGGUGUAGAGGGGCAGCCAACUUUUGUGAGACAUAUACAUUGGAAAAAUGCUUUUCCUCUGUAUGGCCAUGAUUAUGAUUCGGCAUUGGAAGCUAUAGGAAAGAUGGAGAGUGAUCUUCCAGGGUUCUUCUAUGCAGGAAAUAACAAGGAUGGCUUGGCUGUUGGAAAUGUUAUAGCUUCAGGAAGUAAAACUGCUGAUCUGGUGAUCUCGUAUCUUGAGUCAGGCAUCAAGCGAGAUAAUUAACACCCAAGGUAUCUGAUGUUUUGUAGCAUUGGCAGACUAUUUUGCUCACUUUAUGUAGAUUGAAAACGAUAGCACCGGUUGGAAUCUCUUUAUGAAGCUUAACCAUUAACCAAUAACCUGAUAUCCACUGUCCAACUUGUGUAAAGAUGGGCAAGGAGUGCAAUAUAAUUCUGGUGGCCUGAGGCGCACUUAUGUUGUUUGGAACAGUGAUCCUUUCUAAAAAGGCUUACAUUUCGGAACGGAGGUAGUACAUGUUUUGACAACAGAAGUUACUAACUUGGAAUAUUUCUGUCUUUCCGAGAAUACAUGAUAUGUAUAAUUUAUCAAGUUGAGAUUCUAGCAAUAAAGCCUCCAAAGUUGCAUAGAGCUCAAGAGUUUUGUUGGCCCUCACACGUUUGGGUACCCGUGCAAGGGUUUUGUGGUG